CGCGGGGUCAUGGCCGCCGUGCGCGAGGAGUUACAGAAAGAUUUGGAAGAGGUUAAAGAAUUGCUUACGAAAGCCACCAGAAAGCGACUUCACGAUGUCCUCACGACUGAAAAACACAAGCUAGAGUUAGAAAUCAAGAAUCAGCCUCCACCAAAGCUGAAGGCAGAUGCAGGAGAAGAAGAAAAAUCAUCGCUUGGAGGAUAUACAGUGAAAAUAAACAACUAUGGUUGGGAUCAGUCAGAUAAGUUUAUUAAAAUUUACAUCUCUUUAAAUGGAGUCCAGAAGCUCCCAGCUGAGAACGUGCAGGUGAAUUUCACAGAGAGGUCAUUUGAUCUGCUAGUGAAGAAUCUGAAUGGGAAGAACUACACCAUGACCUUCAACAACCUUCUGAAACCCAUCUCGAUGGAAGGCAGUUCGAGAAAGAUCAAGACAGACACGAUCCUCGUGAUGUGUAGGAAGAAGCGUGAGGAAAAAUGGGACUGUCUCACGCAAGUGGAAAAAGAAAGCAAAGAGAAAGAGAAAGCUGCCUAUGACACCUCAGAUCCCAGUGAAGGGCUUAUGAGCCUUUUGAAAAAGAUGUAUGCAGAAGGGGACGAUGAAAUGAAGCGCACCAUCAACAAGGCUUGGGUUGAAAGCAGAGAAAAACAGUCCAAAGGGGACCUACCAAUGGAUCUUUGAAAGUACUGAGGGCCGCCUUAAUACUGAUCUUCCAUGUGAGACUUCCUGUUCUGCAAAAAUCAUUGUUUACACAACCUUCUUCCAAGCAAAGACACUCAUUUUCCAUUUCAGGUUGGAGAAAAUAUUUAAAUAAAAUAGCUUAUAAAGCA